CCUUUCUAGACACGCGCACUCUUGCAAAUGUCCCGUACAUUUUAAAUGUCACAGCAUUAAUUUAUAUAAUAUUUAUAUUUUUAUUAUUUUUUUAUUUCACGUGACAGGGACGAAAAAGAAGCGUUUUGUCGUUAUUAUGCGAAUUCCGCGACUUAUACCUCAAACGUGACACGUAUCAUGCGAAGAAGCUUCGCGCGUUAUGAUAAGCAGUUUGAUACUUCUACUGAAGACGAUUUUUCAUCGGAUCUUGAUCUACCAAAUCCAAAAGUAACACAAUCUUAUCGAAAAUCGAGACUUGCUUGUGAACUAUCAAAAAACAAAAACAACGAUCAAUCAAAUCUCAAAUUAUCAUCAACAUCAUUACGUCAAGAUCCAGUUGUUAAUAAUCGAUUCACUGAAACAAAAUUAUUUACUAGAGAAGUCGACCAUAUUGCUACACCACAACGUAUCUCAAAUAUUGAAUCUUCUGCAUCAUAUGUCUGUCUGAAAAAAUAUGAGGUAAAGCCACAAGGGAUAACUGCCAAAGAAAAGCAGUCGAGCGAUGGUGAAAAAUUUGCACGGAAAAAUAAAUUUAACGAAAAAAUUUGGAAGCAAAGCAGUACACCACGGAUUGUAAGGGCUAUUCGACAGAACGGCAAGAAACGCAACAGUAAAAGCAGCGUUAUUGUGCUUUAUCACGGUAGAUUUAAUAUUCCGCCAUCAUCUUCUUCAAAUGCUCUCGUGCAACUUUCAAGAUCCAAUCAAAUAGUAAAAACUUCGCACGUAUCGCCAUCGGAAGUUGUAAAUUCUGCAUCACCCGAUAAGGCAAAAAUCAUAGAAACUCCGGAAAGUCUGUCUCCAAGAUAUUCACUACGUCGACGAAAAAAUACUUCCAAAAGACAUCAUACAUCAAGGCAACAGCCUUUUUUGAAUGUAAACAUUUAUCACGCGAAUCGAGUAGAUCGAUUUGUAUCUCCGCUACAAAAUAAGUGGACAUUACUUAAAAGACAGAUAAAAAUAAAUUCCAAGUAUAAGGAUUUGAAGUGCACAGCCAAGCUUUCCAAAGAUUCUGUCAGGCCGCAAUCAAGAACACUUACUUGUCAUAUCAGCGAACAACACGCAACAAAUCAAAGAUCACGUAAAUGUAUCACACAAGAAAGAACUCGGAAAAAGGAAUGCUCGCUCGUUGAAGUCGUCACUUCGAAAUCUAUGGACUGUCAUCUAGAGAAAGCAGAGAAUACAAAAGGUAGAAAGCAAUCAGCACUUUGUACAAAUCUAGGCUUGCCGAUGAAGCAGAUAGAAAUUUAUCCCAAAGAAACGAGCAUUAAAUCAGCAUUCAUCGUGAAUGAGAAUAACGAAACGGAUAGUCGUGUGUUUCCCUUCCAAGCUACACCCAGUGGUAACCUCAAAAUCAUUCCGAAUCAGGUUGUAUUCGAGUCGAAGAAGUUUAGCGUUUUAGCUGCUGAUCCGCGACACACGAAAGUCAACGUCAAGGCUGAGCUUAAUCGACCGGGUAAUAACAUUGGCACAUCCCUUUUCGACUCUCCGAAUCGAACAAGAUAUACCGAUCUCCUGCCUGGCAUCACACCGUCGACAAUUGAUCAGUUACAGGUACAGAAAAAAUUAUCGCAUAUCGAAGGAAGUUAUAGAUCACGAGCGCAAUCAAGUACAAAGUUUUAUUCAUCAGAAAUGGAACAAAACCAUUCGGUACAAUCAACAUCUCAUCAACUUCCUCCAAUGAACGAAGUACCACUUGCCUCAUUGGGAUUUACGAAUGAACAACCAAUUGAUUGGAAUAAUAUAAUUCUUCCAGAAAAGAGUGAUUUGUAUCAAGAAUUAGCUAUACGCAUCACAAACUAUAAAAAUGCUGAUUGUGUCAUUCGAAUUGAUCACGAUGAAUUUCACUGCCAUCUCCUUGUUCUGCAAAGUUACAGCACAUUUUUCGAUGAGAAAAAUUGCAAGAAUAUUGAUUUAUCUGGUAAUAGUGUGACUUCCAAGGCCUUUUCUAUUCUUUAUGACUGGAUGAUAAGUCCAAUCAACGAAAGUUGUCAGCUUUUACGAAGAGAUAAUAUAUUAGAAAUUUUCAUGGCUGCACAGUAUCUGGGUAUCAAAGAAUUAGAAGAGCAAUGUUGGGCAUUCAUUGACAAUGACGAGCUCUUCUCCGAAGAUACCGCUUUUUUAUUAUAUUUGGAUGCAAAGAAAAUCGGGAAUACUGCAGUAAUGGAACUGAUGGUGCCGAGAAUUAUGAAAUUUUUCUUGAUGCUUGUUAGCACAAAGGAUUUUUUGGAAUUGUCAGUGGACGAAUUAUGUUUACUACUGAAAUCUAAUUAUAUUUGCGUCAAUAGCGAAAUGGAAGUUUUAAUGUCUGCCGUAAGAUGGUUAAUGUAUGAUUGGAAUGAAAGGAAGCGAUACAUGCUAGAAGUACUUAAAUGUGUUAGAUUUGGACUUAUAGCUCCGUGGCAAUUAGUAGACGUCAAAAGAAAUCCUGAAAAUCCUGAAUUUAUGGAAUUAAUAUCUUAUCCUGAAGUACAAAAAAUGGUGGAUGAUGGCCUUGCAUUUGUUAUUAUAAAAUAUUGGUAUGGUAAUCAAACUGAAGACUACUAUCAUUGGAUCGAUUUACUUGGACUUAGCGAACCAACUAAUCGUAACUGGGCAGGAGAAGACAAAAACUAUGUAACAUAUCGUGAAUUUCUGUUAUAUCUUGAAGAGUAUCAAAAAACAAACAUCUCAGAUCUAAAAACAAGAAAGAUUCAAACAAAACCUACCCCUCCUAAUUCUCCUCCUAAAGAUAGCUCACUAUUAUCUCUAGAGAGAAUACGUGCCGAUUGUAAUAAAAAUCGUUGCUGUAUAGAUUCACAUCUUUUAGAACAAUACAACACAAUGCAAACUCAAGAACCGAAAAAAUAUGUAUCAAAAAUUACAACUUCAUCGGGCAUGAUAAUGUCACCUGAAAUUCUAACUAAUUGUCUCAGCAAUAUGGGCAAAAAUAAUACGAGAGCGAACAAAACGCAGUACGACGGAAAUAAAAAUAAUAAACCUAUCAUUCGUGAUACAAAAUAUUGCGAGGCAAGUGAAUUACCCAGAAAAUCUUUGGAUCUUUUAAAGAAUACAAAAUCUGCGUAUGAACAUCGUCAGCAUGAGAUUUCGACGGUUAUUGAUAAAUCAAGAUACGAAAACCGGCAAGAAAGAAAUUACAAUCGCAAGCAUUGGGAACAAAAUGUUAUAUUUCCCAUCAAGAAACAACAGAAUAAAAUAAUGAAAAAAUCAAGAUGUAUGGAAGAUCAUGUCGAUUCAGCUAAAUCUGAAGAAGAAGCAGCUACUAUGAUACAAGCUACGUAUAGAGGAUAUAAAGUUAGAAGAAAAUUUGAUGAAAUUAAGAAAUCGUCUUUGGAAGGAAAACAAAAUGCUCAAAAAGUGGCUGAGCUGUUAUCUAUGUCAACGAGUCAAUGUGGAUGGUCACUUCCAAAAUCAUUAAAUCCAGUCAACGUAUCCAACAAUAUUACAAAUCAUACUAAAAACACACUACACUAUAUGUGAAGAAAAUGCAAUUUAGUUGCA